GCCGCGUUCAUAUUCAUUUGUCGUUCUUACUCCGACCAUCAAUUGUGCGACGCGCGUCACCCAGUCGUUCAAACCCAACAUCGCCUGGUUCCCAGCACCAAAAUGCCACGACGCUCCGAACCAUCAGGUCUCCCCCAAGAAAUUCUCGACGCCAUCAUUGACGAGCUGCAGUAUGACAAGAAAUCUCUAAAGCAAGCAUCCUUAGCUUGCAAGGCCCUUUGUCCCAGGACCAGGGUCCACCUGUUCUCCGUCGUCGUAAUAGCAGACAGCACUAGUUCUGACCGCCUCCGGAAGUUGAUCACGCUGUCUCCCAAGCUCGCCCUAUAUUUCCAAAGGCUUCAAAUCUCAAUCUUGCAGAUGUUGGAUAUCCAUGCUCCUGCAGUUUACGGACCGCUGACAGUUAUCGAAUCUCUUGUCAAUAUCACCCACUUGUCCCUUUGCAAUGGAUUUUGGUGCCACAUGCCGGACACUGUUGUGUCCAGUCUGCAAUCCCGUUCUUACCACACCAUCCACAUCGACGACUCCUUUAACUUCAGAACAAUGGGCGAGGUAUGCUCACUAAUGCAAAAUUCACCCGACUUGCGACAAGUGCACUUCACAUGCGAAAUUCAUCCCAUACCGGAGUGCCAUUUGGACCACUCCCUUCAUCGUACCCCCGCUCCGGUAGCCUUGCACAUCACAGACUCUCAGGACACUUUAGUUUCUCAGGCACCCGGCCUUCUGAAGUCGGCCCUAUCAUCUCAUCCAUGCCCGUUUUCUUUCAAAAAUAUUCGUUCACUCGUUGUAGACCUUUCUGGUAUGAGGGCUAUCGUUCUACUGCAUCUCGCGCAGUAUUUAGCCCUUCCGGGCACUUCUCUCAAGCUUCUCCACGUAGACCAUAACAAGCAAGGAUUGUCGAACCAUCUAUCUUCAACAACGCUUGACGUAUCUCGUAUCGAGAACAUUGCAAUCACCACCUUCAGGGCGCAUUUAGCUGGGGGAAGCGAUAUAUUACGGUGGUGGAUCUCCAACCUCUCUGCGGUGAAUAAACACAACGUCAUUCGUUCAGUUACCAUCACAAUCAGAACAUACACGCCGCACCAAGGACACCCGGCUUUGGAUUGGGAAGACCUCUGGAUGAGGUUGGACAGCUGUUUGACUUCGUACAAGAUGGCUUCGCUGCAGUACGUUGCAAUUACUUUUGAACCACGGCCAGCAGAAUGGGACGCGCUUAAAGCUCAAAUGGAGGGAAGUUUUCUAGGGCUGAAGCAAAGCGGACGUGAAGUAAUUCUAGAUGCUGUGGCAAUGUUUUAAAAUCUUGGGUUCUGGAUAGUAUACGCGUUAUGCUUCUUUCGACUAUCAGUCCAGUGGUCUGACGUGACUCGUAGUUUUUGCAAGAAACAUAUCCUUCGUACUACCUAGUACCUACAAUUGCCGGGACCAUCGAUCUUUUCAUUCAUAAGCUCUGAAAGCCUUCUUCGAAACUAUACUUCGCGUUCAGUACAGAUACAGGAACCUUUGCAUAUACUCUACGAAAAACCAGUAAUAACGAUGGGCACAAUGCUUAGUUGUACAGAAGUCCGUACGGACGAGUGUUAAAAGAUCAAAGAGGAUUAAACCCGGUAACAC